CAGCUCCAGCUUGGCGAGCUCCUGCUGCAGCUGCUGCUGCUGCUGCUGCACUUCUGCCGCCGGCUGGCCGCCGCCGGCUGCUGCCGCCGCCGGCUGGCCGCCGCUCUCGGCUCCAGGCCGCCCUGCCGCAAGCGGCCGAGCGCCCGGGCACCCCUUCCGGGCAGGGGGCCUCUCCGUGUCGGCACGAUGCGCUCGCGGUGGCGGGCAGAGGCUGACGAUGCGGCGGUCGAGGUGGGCGAAGAGGAGGCCGAGUACGAGGAGGAGGUCAACGACAAGGCUGGGGCCUAACCCCCAUGUCGCGCGGCGCUGCGGCGGUGGCAGCCGCGUUGGCCCCGCUGCUCGCGGCGCUCGCCCUGUGCCCGAGCCUGACGGCGGCUCGAGGACUCCAGGAGCGCCCCGCGCCAGAAGACGCCUCUCGGGGCGCGGCUCCUCGGGAGCCGGCGCCGGCGCCCCCAGCGCAGUGCCAGGCCCGCGCCGCCGCCGGGCGCGUCGUUCGGCUCGCGCUCGCAGCGGACCCCUCCGACGCGAGCGUGUCCCUCCUGCAGCGGGGCCGCGGCGGCGACGGCGGCGGCCGAUUCGCCGCGGCGCUGGCGGAGGCCGCCGCCGCGGCGGCCGACCGCGCUAGCGCGCCAGGCGCGGUGGGGCGCCGGCCUGCGCUGUCGGCGCCCGCCGGGCCGGCCACGGCGGAGCCGAGGCCCACCACGGCGGACACGGAGCCGCUGCUGCUGCCGCCGGUGGACGUGGAGGUAUACGAGCUGGACGAGCGGCUGCGGAGGGAGGACGAGCGGCUGCGCAGGGAGGACGGCGAGAUCGAGCUCGAGGACGCGCGCAUUCUGCAGGAGGACGGGCGCCUCCGGAGCGAGAACGCCCACCUCCUGCUCGAGCUGCAGAGGGCCGCCGCGGGGGCGGGCGAGGAUGGGCGCGGUGAGCCGCCAGCCCCGGGCGGCCAGGAGGAGGGCGGCUCCUCGGCGCCCGACCGGGUCCGCGAGGCGAUCCAGCAGCGUGCUUCCGGCGACGCCGGGGCUCGUGGUUCUAAGCACCAGACCCUCGUUCUGUCCCUGAUCAUACUGGCGUCCGUCGCGGGGAUCUUCGCCCUCCUCACCGCGUACCAGUUCCACAGCUGGAAGGCGGCCAAAGCGCGGCGUCAGAACAAGCGCUUCGAGAACAAAGUGCUAGGCAUGAGGCCUGAUACGCUCCUGUCGCUCUCGUUCGUGCUGGCGGUGGACAUCGCCGUGUUCGUCGUCCUGUUCUGGUGUGGCAUUAUCCAGGAAUUCUUGAGGCUGUCAGCAUCGGUGAUCUACGUGAUCCUGGUGAUCGCAGGCU